GGGGGCUGAGCACGGGCUGUUGGAGCGGCCUGGCCCCGCUGCCGGGGGCCGGCCCAGCCCCCGCUGCUCGGCGGGUCCCGCCGCGCGGUGCGGCACGAAGGCCGCAAGGGUUUCGGAGGGGUCUGUGUCCUCCUGCGCGAGGGAGAGGGGCGAAAGGAGAGACGUCUCUGCUCCCUCCGGCGUUCCGUGGGGGGUUUUUUGUGCUGCUGAUGUCGGAAGGGAGAGGCCAGCGUGGGCCUGAAGGGGCUGCGUGCUGGGCCUGCCUGGGCCUCUUUGUGUUUCGGGAGCUCCGGUAAAAUGGUAACACUCGGAGGUCACAUCCGAGUGAAGGAAGCACAGAAAUGUUACACAGAGCUACUCCAGUACAACUUUGGCAUAACUUCUUGGCACCUGCAAGAUGCUGAAAGGUCCGUUGGUGUGUUUGAGAAGACUGCAAGAAGAACUCUUUCAUGUGAUUAUGCUGGAAAAAGUUUGUGGAAGAGAUUUUCCUGCCAUUUGGAGUGGAAGAAGGGCUCCAUAUCAUAGAAUCAGAGAACCAUUCAGGUUGGAAAAGCCCCUUGGGAUCACCGAGUCCAACCACCAUCCCUACUCUACAAAGUUCUCCCCUGAACCACAUCCACCAAUAUCCCAUCCAGAUGCUGGAGCACUCCACGCUGCAUCACACCAGCUGCUGGCACUCCUAAGGCACUAAGGACAUGCCCUAUGAUUUUGGAAUUGAAACUCAUGAGACUUCUGGCUGCAUCACUGGAAUGGUACUAAUGCCAGACCUCCAACCCCAUCAAGUGCCUUCAAACAGACCGUGGAUCUACCUUCUCGAUCCAGCCUUGAUAUGGAGUGAGGACGGACGUUUCCAAAGAAGGGUCAGACGUGUGUGGUGCACUACACAGGAAUGCUACAGAAUGGAAAGAAGUUUGAUUCCUCCAGAGACAGAAAUAAGCCUUUCAAGUUCAAGAUUGGCAGGCAAGAAGUCAUUAAAGGAUUUGAAGAAGGUGUUACACAGAUGAGCUUAGGACAAAGAGCCAAGUUGACCUGCACACCUGAGAUGGCCUAUGGAGCCACAGGCCACCCUGGGGUCAUCCCUCCCAAUGCUACUCUCCUCUUUGAUGUGGAGCUUCUCAGGUUAGAGUGAAUCUUCUGGAGGGAGUUGGCUGGAGACAUCUGUUAAUAACCAUCCGUUCUUUCUCACUGGAAUCCCAAUCUUCCCUGCUCGAGCUGUCCUGUCAGUAGCUCCUGCCUCUGGGUGUCUUACACCUGCCUUCUCUUUUUUAACUUUGUGGUGUCUGUAUUUGCCUUUUAUUAGAAGCUUUGCUUUGGGGGAAAAAAAAAAAAAAGUCUGCUGUUGUAACAUUUUCAAGUUGUACAUUUUAUUUAAGUUGCAUGUAAGAAUAAUUCACAGUGAUGACUGAAAAUAUAUAUAAUGAUAAAUAUAUAUAAUCCUUAUUGAAAAACCACUGCCUUACUGUACACUUAAACCAAGAAAAAAAAAACCAACCAACAAACAAAAACACAAAAGGUGCUCAAAACCAAUAAUAAAUAAUCCAGUGUACACCUUGUACAUGAACGGGCAUUAGCCAACCAGAGUUACCUGCGCUGCCACUUUUCUCAACUUGUAUGUUCUGCUUGCUGCUGUUUUAAAAAGUACUGUCUCAUUUAAGAAUUAAAAAUCUAUAUAUAAAACACAAUAAAAUCUUGAUACUUUGCA